AUGACGGCUUAUAAUGUAUUAUAUAUAAAGAGCUAUGAAAACAAGAAGUGCUCUCUCGAUGUUCUGAACUGUGUCAAUCAUAUUCAGAAAUCAUUAGAUCGUGAGAUGGCUCUUAAAGGUUCUAGUUAUUUAGCUGGAUUAUUUCGUCUAACUCCUCAGAUACAGUCAGGGGUUUUUGAAGCCAAACAACCAAAACCGAAAACAUCUUACGAGUCAAUACAACACAACGAAAGUCAAACGACCUUUUAUCGUAGUAUUCCGUCCAUAUCUGAUGACCCGAAUUCCCAAGAAUCCUUACAAAUAACUUCUCCUGAGGCCCAAAAUGUAUUCAAUGAAAAGAUUCCAUUAUGUAUCAUUACACAAAUUGAUAGAAAUCUACCAUGUGCUAAAACAAUGAGAUCUGAAUAUCAUCAUCAGCAAGCAUCAACAUCUCAUUCUACAUAUGAGAAUAGAGAUUAUACAAAUACUUGUCGUUCUUUAUUAUCAAUAUCUAGUAACAGAGAAAUUAGCGAUAUUGCACCAUCCGUUUUAAAGACACGAAAACACAAGUUGUUAGUUGAAUAUCAAGAAGCGAUGGAACCAAUAACUUCUAUUGAUAUCCCAUUGGAAUAUGAAGAGAAACUUAUUUCUUUAUUGAAAUAA